AUGACGACCCUUCUUCGAGCCUUAUGGCUCUUCCCGUUUGCUCUUCAGCUUGGCAGGGUUGCUUCCUUGCUGUCCUUUACGACGCCUGAAAGGGUUGGAAGACUAGUUCAACUGAGGGCAUGUGAUGGACAAAAAGAGGAUUUGCCUUGCUGUCCGAGUUCAAACUUUCCCUUGGAAUUCUUCAAGACGCCCGGCAACAGCGACACGCCUCACAACUUUGGGCCCGCAUCACCCCUGGAUACCAUUCUCUACACUGCUGAACAACCCGGAAAGUCCUGUCGCCAGCGAGACGACGAUAAAAUCAGCGCUGCCAGCGUUCAAGAGUGGAUCCAGUUCGUUCGUGGGCAAGGUGUAACUAAUGUUGUUACCCUGCUGAAUGAGGACGAGCUUGAUGUCUACGAAGAACCUGGAUUGAAAGAGUUGUUGACCCAAGCUGGAAUGAGUUGCUACAUCGCCCCUAUGGGUGAUCUUGGUGCCUGUGAUCGAGUCUUUGAUGUGGUGAGGCAAGUAGAAGCUGAUGGAGAAAAGGUAGUGUGCCACUGCACAGGCGGUAUUGGUCGAGCAGGCAGAGUGGCGGCAGCAUGGCUCGUUCAUCGCUACAAUCUUUCACCGGAAGUUGCCACCCUGAUUGUCCUGGAUCAAGCCUACAAGAGUGGAGUGAAGAGGCUUGGUCAUACGGAAAAGCUGAGCGGUUGGAUUGGGUACGACUAUGGAUUUGCAACAUGA